CGCAGGCCUCCUCCCCGCGCGGCCGCCGUUGCCAGGCAGAGACCCGUUGCCCGGAGCUGCUGCGUGGGGCCGGGGCUGUGCAGGAGGGCCUCAGCGGGCUCCCUCCACCUGCGAGCUGAAACACAGCCCACAGCUGGAGCCUGCCUGCGGGAGGGAGCACCGAGAUUCCAAGGUUAUCACAGUGCCUACAUAUUCCUCAAUGGAGCAUUUCAGAGGACACCUGAGUCUCAAAAGUAGCCUUUUUUCUCCUGGAUCUUCCUGCAAGCUCUCCAAUCAGUACAUCAUUCAAGAUCACAUGGCUGCUCAUUACAAGAAACUGACAGCUGCCAAAGCUGCUGUUGAUUCAUCUGCACCAAAGAGUUUGCAUUCCAGUGUUAAAUACAAUGAUCAGCAGAAAAGAGACAAACUGAUGCAAGCCCUUGAGAAAUAUAAGAAAGAUCUCAUUCAUGGUCUUCAUGCCACAUCAUUCAAUUUCAGAAAUGUUCCUCUAAGCCAGCAGAAGGCCAGGUGUUCGCUGUUGGAAAAUGAUCGCCUGUAUUUGACAUCUGCUCAGAACAGCUAUCCUAGGACAGAGAGAGAGCAGCCUCCCUCUGCCUCUUUUGAAAUGCUCAGUUCAAGAACACGUUUGCCAGCUUCUUCUGCAAGGAAGACUGCUCAGCAUAGUUUGUCUCAGAAUCCUGUUCACGCCUCUGGUAAAGACAGGUCAUCUGCUUUGCAGCUCCAACAAUCUCAUUUGCAUUUAAACAGUCACAACAGGAGGAAGGCAUUUCAAAGCACUUCUAACAAAACAUACUCUGGAGACCUCCUUGACAAACACUCCGUUUGCUUCACAGAAAAAAAGCUUUUUACCCCUCAAAUCUUAAAGACAUCACACCAGUCUUUUCUCUUGAAGCAUAGAUACUAUAAUCCUCCUCCCUCAAAAAAGAGUUCAUCUCCUGGAAGACCAUCACUUACAUCAGCAGAUGUCAGUAAUGAGAAGGAAAGAGAGUCACACAGUUUUUUAGAAGAUGCACAUGUGAGACCACACUCAGAUAACUUCUCUCCGUGGGCAGUUAAGCCUUUUCACUUCACUGAUCUAGUAAUCUGGGGCGCAGAAACACCCAGGAAAAGUGCUAAGCACUCAGCCUACAGUCAGACUGUAAACUGUGAAUUAUGGAUUCCCAAUUCUGAAAUGUCAUUUUUUCCAGGACCACAACUUGAAGAAAAAGAAGAAGAGUGUCUUCUUUUUCUUCAAGAUCUUACAAAUGACAUUUUGAAUAGAAGUUGUUACCACGAAGAGGCAUUAGAAGAUGUAUUUCAAAUGCAUAUUAAAAGUAAGAGGCAUAACCUUGAUGAGGUAACACGGAGAAGAAUAGUUCAAAGCCUAAAGAAAGAGCUGAACAUGACAACUCAACUGGAUCCUUCCAUUAGCAGUAACAGCACACAGCAAAGGGACACCAGCAUUCUGGCAAAAUGCUUUUAGCCUACAACUUUUGGCAUUUCAAAGAGCAUCCAAAGUUAGCAAAGAUAGUAAGUUAGAUUAUGUAAACACCAAUUACAAUGUAAACCUUGAGGAAACAGGAAAACUAGGAAGAGAUCCAGCUAAUGCAUCUUCCUGUAACGUGACAUAGCAUCACUAUGACAACAAUCAGGUUAUUGUGCUGAGAACAAUCCCUGAGCACCAAAGACUGUAUUUUUACAGGGGCUUUCGCUGUCCAAAUAGAAAGCUCUAGAUUGAAAUGUCAUUUCAUUCAUUCCUUAUAGCUGACACCAUCAAAACACACUCCCUACACAAUCCUCUUACUAGCAGUCCUGAUGAGGCAUCUUGAGUUUCUUCUAUCACACACUUGAUUUACAGAUAGGUUGGAAAUUAACUUUUAGAUACAUCUUUCAAAACCUUACAUGAAUUGUGACCUGAAGUCUCACUGGUUGACAGUAGAAUGUAGAAUAUGUAGUCCCAUUUUCAAGUGAAUUAGGUAUCCAUUUAAGUAGUUUAAGAUCUCUUAAAAAUCUUUAUUUUAGUUCAUAUCCAAAAAACUAAGAUUAACGACUACUGCAGUACAUAGCAGUAACUGAGAACAAACAGGUGUUGUGCUCUUUCAAAAUGAAAAUGUUUCACACUUAUCAAAAUCUAAGAGCUUAUAAAAUACAAACAUGACCAAAUAGGAAAAUACAUGACUACAAGAGCCCUAACUCUUUCCUUUAGUAAUGAUAUUUACUUCAUUAAAAAAUAGUUGUUUAACUUUUCUGGUUAAGAUUAAACGGCUUUCUAAAGAUAGAUGCCUUUUCCACGCUCUUCUCCAAGUGGGACACUUUUCAAGGCAUCAAAUGAAAACAGAAAAACAAAGAUGAGGAUAAAUAAAACAGUCCAGUAUAUAUUUUUUUCUAUUGUUACCACUAUUUUCCCACUUGUGUUUUUAUCUCAAGAUCUUCUUUAUAAUGAGUGUUAAUUAAAAAAAAAAAAAGCUACGAUUCCCUAGAGAAUCUCUAUAUAAUUUGAAGAUGAAAAGAUUUAUUUAUCUGAAAUAAUUUGACUUUUAUGAGCAGCUUUGUUAGCACACUGAUGGAAGCUGAGGCAAUCAAAAUGCAUUCUUUAAGAUGGGCCUCUUUCGGUCUCCAUGGAAGAUACCUCUAGGCACACUACCAGAAGGAUUGUUUUAAUUACCUAAUAUUAGAGUUAACAAACAACUAGAGAUGUUUAAUAAAAAGCCACAAGAUCUGCUGAACCUGAUGCCAGCAAUAGGUGUAUGUAGUUACUGGAGGAUGACUUGUAUAUAAAGUUUCAUACUUUCCUUAAAGUAUAUGGAAUAUUUUGGUUUGUUAGACUCAUUUGAGACAAAUGCUGAAAUUCUUCAAUGAUGUUUUAGUUGCACCAAUGAGUAGAUGAGUUUCUUCUCACAUAGAGCAUUCUAACUGACAGUGCUGUCAGCAAGGCAGAGUAACAUUUUUUUCUGUAUUUGUAAGAGAGAAAAACAGUCCAAGCAUAAAACCAGUACAACCUGAAGUAGAACUUUAUAUUUGUAUCAUUGGAGAAGCACUUGUUACACUCUGAAGUUCAACUUAAUUUAAAAGAAAAUGCUUUUGCUCCAAGAACUCUUUUUCAGGCAGUAGAAAAAAUUACUAUCCACCUAUUUGGAAAGAAGAAAUGACAUAUUUCUGAUGGAAGAACAUGAUAACGUUCCCCUGCCAUGUAACUUGGAGUCAUAAAGUACUAUUGCUCAGGUAUAGGCGCUUGAUUUUCCUGAUACUUGGGUAGGAUAAUUGGAUACAAGCAUAAUCAAUAUGAAUUAUUGGAAAAGUAAUUUCUCUUCAGUUGGAAAGUGACUGGUUGAGUUGAUGUAACCCUUUUCACUUGCACAGAACUGCUCCAUUUUAGUUGCUUUUUCUGCCUGAGUUACUUUAUCCCCACUUUUCUUUUUUUUAAAAUCCAUUUGUUACAUCAGUUACAGGUCAAUUAUCUGCAAAGAUUUUCAUAUAAAAUAUCACAUUUAAGGCCAACCAUUGUAAGAAUGAAGACUGACUUCCUGCAGAGAAUCAGCAGCCAAUAUUGGCAGUGAGCACUAUUUGUUGUCACAGUGUCCAUUUUUCAGAGAGGAUGAUUAACCCUAAGAUCUUCAGCCACAGUCAAAGCCAGAGUAUACCAGAAAGUACAAAGAGAUGGAUUGGCAGAUGAUAGUUAAUAUCAAGGAAAAUAGACAAUCCUUUCUGGAUUUGUUUGGACCAGGUCUCUUCUUUGCACUGUUCUUCCACUUGGAAAAAGAUUACCAAGACCACUGUGCACUGGAUUCAGCUUCUAUCUGGUUAUACAUGUAUUUGCAGUUACGAAUGAAAUCAUUGCCUCAUUUUGAAUCAUACAAUAGCGUUUGCCUCAUUUUUCCUGGAUGAUUUUUCAGAGAUGCUCAAGUGAUCUUAAUUUCCGUUUGUAAAUCAUCCUUCUGUACACAGGAUGAACAGAACAGCAACAAUGAACGACAAAGCAACACAUAGUCCACUUUUUGGAUUAGUGGUUUAAUUUAUUUUUACAAGUUUAUGUAGAAUUAUUUACAGAAAGCUCUACAGAAGAUCUGUUCUUUCAUUACCAUUCCACAGCUCUUAGUUCCACAUUCCAUCAUGAUUCCACAACUGUUAGUGAGUAUUCAAGAAGAAGAUCUGAAGGAUAUUGUUAACCUUUCUUUGAUCAGAAAAAAAGGUUGCCCUCCAUAUAGUUCUGGUACUUAUUUGAAAAACUUGAAAAAUUGUUUUUUCAUGAUCAGUUGUGCUGAGCUGUAAUUAAAUUCACACAGAUUUACUGCACCUUA